ACCAUCUUCCUAAACUCCAUCCAUCAACUUAAAUACAAAUUACUCAAACCAAUACAAAAUAAACAGUGAUGAAGACAACAUUGUUCGCUUUUGUCCUUCUCUCUGCCCUGGUCUCACAACCACUUCUGGGAGCAGCCGAAGCUUCACCUGAUGAAGUAGUUGACACAUCAGGAAAGCUCCUACGUGCUGGUAUCAACUACAAUAUUCUUCUAUCCAUGCCUUACACCAAUAAUAGAAGUCCAAAAGGCCUUGGCCUCUCAAAGAUUGGUAAAUCAUGCCCUCUGGAGGUAGUGGUUGUGGACAGAUAUCAUAGUUUGCCACUAAGGUUUAUACCUGUUAACCCCAAAAAGGGUGUUAUUCGUGUCUCCACUGACCUAAACAUCAUCUUCCCUCCUAACAUCACUUGCCCUCACCAUUCCACGGUGUGGAAGCUUGAGAGUUUUAAGGUUUCUAAGGGACGCUCACUCUCGUUGGUGUCAACCGGUGGUGUUAAGGGCAACCCUGGUCGGGAAACCAUUGGAAAUUGGUUCAAGAUUGAGAAGUACGGUGGUGCUUAUAAACUGGUUUAUUGUCCGAGCGUGUGCCCUUACUGCAAGCAUGUUGGGUGUGAGAAUGUUGGGAUGUUUGUUGAUGAGAAAGGGAAUCACCGUUUGGCUCUAAGUGCUGUUCCAUUCCAAGUUAAAUUCCUCAAGGCCUAACCAUAGUAUCUCUUGUUGUGCAUGAACAACUAAAUGUUUAACUGUUUCUGAUAAUAAGGUGUUCGUUCCAUGUUAAUUUGUGAGGAUACCCUAAUUAUAGGUGAUAUCCUUGUUAUGAAAUAAAUAAGUACUCAAAUAAUUAAACGAACAAAUGUUUUCUUCUAAUGAAAUGAAAUACGUUUUAAAAU